AAUGUGUUCAUGGCUACAAGGUAGUACGAUUUUGUGUUGCUAUGCGUUCUAUUCCUCUGAUUGCUGCUAUUGCUGUACGUUUCUCUCAAGCGCGAUUUUAUCAAAAAAGCGCUGUUCAGCAAUAUUCUAGCCAAUGAGCGCCCAUGUAGGGGUAUAAAACAAGACAAGCCCUCCUCCUGCUCAGAGUGCGUCUUCAGUUGGUCAUCAGACCUAGGAAGAGUGCGAGCCACCCGUCUCUAACCGGUACCACAUCGCAGGAGAGCCGACAGACAUCCAAGAUGCGCCCGCUGGUGACUUUGCUGGCCUUCUGCUUCCUCGGCGUUGUUGCUGUGAGGAGUGCUCCAGCAGUAGAAGAUGAAGUCGGUAGCGAAGACGGUAGCGAAGACGGUAGCGAAGACGGUAGCGAAGACGGUAGCGAGGACGAAUUAGAAGUGGUUCUGCCCGACUCGACCUUUGACACCUUUGAAACACCGGAACUGCCUGACGACAUCGAAAAGCUGAUGGAAGAGGAGCUUCUCGCUCAGAUGAAGGAGGGAGAGGUCGAUGAUCUCGUGGAGCCUGACACUGAGGAGCCUGACUCUGAGGGUCGCGAUAAGAGAGAGGCCGGGGCUGACGACUGUGCCGACUCGUUGCCUCCGUCUCGUGACAAGUGCUUGUGUCGCAUCUGGGCUGACAUGGGCUUUGCAAAAGCGCGAGAUCCCGGAUCGUGUCGAUAUAAAGGAGCGUACCCUUGCAAGGACGUCAGUAACGAACGCCUCUGCACCAGCAUUAAGGCACGCGGUUAUAAGUCAGGUCCGUUGCCUGAACUCUGCUGCCCCAAGUCUUACGGUUUCUGCACCGAAUAA